AUGGCCACCCCCGCGCCACCCCACCCGCGCGUCGGCGUCGCCGCCAUAGUCUGCAAUGCGAAAGGCGAGCUCGUGAUGGGCAAGCGGGCCGGCAGCCACGGUUCAGGCACCUGGGCCUUCCCGGGCGGCCACCUCGAAAUGACCGAGUCCUUCAUCGAGUGCGCCGAGCGCGAGACCCUCGAGGAGACCGGACUGCGCGUCAGGGGCACCGGGGUCGUGGCUGUGACGAACGACGUGUUUGACGGGGCGAAGCAUUAUAUCACGAUUUUUGUGCGGUGUGAGAUGAUCGAACGCGAUGCUCAGCCGGAGAUCCUGGAGCCGGAUAAGUGCGAGGGCUGGCACUGGAUGCGGUGGGAGGACGUUCGGCGGUGGUGCGAGCACCAUGAUGAUGAGGCGGCGGAGUGGAGUGGUGAGAGGUGCUUUUUGCCUAUUCGGAAUUUGGUCCGGGAACAUCCCCAGCUUGACCUUUCGAGGUGA